AUGGCUCUUGCUACCAAGGCGGCAACCUUUGUGCAUGCUAGCGGAACGUUAACCCUCCAAGUUCAGGACAACAUCUGCACCAACUUUAAAACCGACCAGCCGAAUUACGUUGCCUUGAACAUUGAGAAGGGCUUUGACUGUGUGUUGUUUGACAAGAAAAACUGUGUCGGCAAAGGUACUGGCCUUGAGGCAGACAAUCACAAUGUGGAGGAGCUCAAGUUCAGAUCAGUUGCAUGCUUUCAAGCAGCAGCUUGA